UGACUUGUAUGCAAGUCCAUCUUGGUGAAGCCACUGGUUAAUUGAGGUGUCUGGAAGAUACACAUGGACUCAUGUAGAAAAAACCAUGUGAUGCCGUGUAUGGCCACUGAAAGGGCAUGUUUUUUAAAAGGUCUAACUACUCACACAAAUGCAACCUCGUUCUCGUCACACUAGGCUAUCGCCAAGAGCAGUGAUUGUUGACGUAAAGCUCAGCAUGUCGGCUCAACG